AUGGCGAGCAAACAACCUUUCAAGACGACUUUUGAGCCGGAGCGGGUCAUCCGACCGAUAUUUACAGGCGGAUCUGUCGCUUUGGACAAUGGUGCCAAAAUUCUGGCCACGCCGCUCGGCGAAGACGCUAUCCUAACGAACCCCUCCAACGGGAAGCACCUGGCAAAGAUUGAAGGAGAUGGCGAACAAAUAUCGACUCUGAGUCUAACGCCCUCCGGCUCCCACCUCAUCGUCUGCUCGCGAUCCCUCUCGAUGAAGAUCUACGCCCUUAAGACCACCGAAGACGGAACGAUAGAGGCCAAGCUCACCCGCUCACUGAAGCCCCACGGAACGCCAGUCGUUGUCCUUGCCGUCGACCGAACAAGUACCCUCCUUGCGACUGGUGGAACAGACGGAGCGAUCAAGGUCUGGGACAUCGCUGGUGGUUUCGUUACGCACACCUUCCGCGGGCCCAGCGUUUUGGUGUCAGCGCUGCACUUCUUCGAAGUUGCGGCGCGCUCGAGCGAGGGCGAGGUUGAAACGGCCGUAAAGAAGGGCAAGAAGUCGAAGCAGGCGGAGGAGGUCACUGCGACGACCAACUGGCGGCUCGUGUCUGGCAGCCAGGACGGCAAGGUACGGGUGUGGGACCUUCACAAGCGCGCAGUUAUUGCGAAUCUCGACUCGCAUGUUUCGAAUGUCCAAGGCCUGGAUUACUCUCCCGAACAGCACGCUAUUGUGUCAGCAAGCAGAGACAAGACGAUCAUUUGGUGGGAUGCAAAGUCGUGGAAGAUCCGCAAGGUCGUGCCGUGUCUGGAGCUCGUCGAAGCUGUCGGGUUCGUCGAUGGUGGCCGUCUAACCUACUCGGCUGGUGCCAAGGGCUGCCUCCGUAUCUGGGACACCGAUACUGGCCGGGAGUUGACGAAGGAUCAGCCUGCAAAGGCCGAAGCGGAGAGCAUCGUCAGUGUCGUGUCGCACCCCGAGCUACCCUUCAUCCUAUGCGUCCAGGUCGACCAUACCUUGGCGUUGUAUAAGGUGCCGGAGAAGAACAGCAUUGAAGAGUCUAUGUUGGAGCCUUUCAGGCGGAUAUCUGGAACCCACGACUCAAUUAUUGACCUCAACUACCUCCUGCCUGACCGCUCGCUCCUUGCCCUGGCAACGAACGCCGAGGAUAUCCGGAUUGUGUCUGUCAAGGACUCCGAGUCGACAUACUUCGGCCAGGACUUGGCUUUGCUCAAGGGCCACGACGACAUCAUUGUCUCCUUGGACGUUGACUGGUCCGGCUACUGGAUUGCCACCGGUGCAAAGGACAACACCGCUCGCCUGUGGCGUGUCGACCCCGCGAACAACUCCUUCACAUGCUACGCCACAUUCACUGGUCACACGGAAUCGGUCGGUGCUGUCGCACUACCGAAGCAACCCCCUCAAGAAUCAUCAGCACAGUUCAAGGACCCCCUUAACCAUCCCCCGCCGUUUCUUUUCACUGGCUCUCAGGACCAGACCGUCAAGAAAUGGGAGAUCCCCCGGGAGGCGCAAAGUCGUAAGGGAGGAUCUCGCGCCGUCUUUACCAGGAAAGCGCAUGACAAGGACAUCAACGCCAUGGACGUCCACUCUACUAGCCAGCUCUUUGCGUCCUCAUCGCAGGACAAGAUGGUCAAGAUUUGGUCGGUGGUGGAGGGUGAAGUCCAGGGCAUUCUGCGCGGCCACCGCAGAGGUGUGUGGUCGGUUAAGUUCGCCCCCUCCGGCUGCCCUGCGAUCCAAGGCGACGAGGGCCAAGUUGCCGGCAAGGGCGUUGUUCUCACUGGCAGUGCCGACAAGACCGUCAAGAUCUGGAGCCUGAACGACUACACAUGCAUCCGCACGUUUGAGGGCCACUCCAACAGCGUCCUCAAGGUGGUCUGGCUCAACAUGCCUAAGCCUGAGGGCAAGGGAAAGAAGCAAGUGCAGUUCGCCAGCGCGGGCAGCGACGGCCUUGUCAAGGUCUGGGACGCCAACUCGGGCGAGACGGAAACGACGCUCGACAAUCACGAGGACCGCAUCUGGGCCCUUGCCGUGAACUCGGCAGACAACACCAUCGUGUCGGGCGAUGGCGACUCCAUCGUCACUUUCUGGAAGGACACCACGUCCGAGUCGCAAGCCGCGGCUACUGAGGCGGCGCAGAAGCUAAUCGAGCAGGAGCAGGAGCUCGAAAACCACAUUCACCACGGGUCCUACCGCGAUGCCAUCGUGCUCGCUCUGCAGCUCAACCACCCCGGGCGUCUGCUGAGCCUGUUCACGUCCGUCGUGACUUCCGCCCCCGAGCCCGGCAGCCUGUGCGGUCUGAAGGCGGUCGACCAGGUCCUGGCGACGCUUUCUGACGAGCAAAUCUUCACGCUCCUACUGCGGUUGCGUGACUGGAACACCAACGCGCGGACGGCCGCGGUAGCCCAACGCAUCCUCUGGACCCUUGUCCGUAGCUACCCGGCGUCCAAGUUCUCGAACCUCUCGGUAAAAGGCGCGCGCGGGCAGAAGAGCCUCAAGGAGGUGCUCAACGCGCUCAAGGUGUAUACAGAGAGGCACUACAGGCGGACGGACGAGCUAGUUGAUGAGAGUUACCUGGUGGAAUAUACCCUGCGGGAAAUGGACAGUCUCGCGCCUGCGAUAGAGGAUGUGGUGAUGGAGAAUGUCGUAGGGGCGGAGGGCGAUGCCGUCAUGGCGUGA